GUCCCUAGCAGUAUUGCGAUAUGGAGCAACGUCGAUCAAGAUGGAGCAGGUCAGACCAGCCGCAAUCAUGACGUACCCUCACGAUCUGCCGACAAUCUUCUUACCUCCUCUUCCUCGCCAGUCGCUCAACACCCUCUCCCCGCUCACGCCAGACAUCAUCACCUCACAUGUCGCUCAUCUCCGUACCCUCCUUGUUCCCUCGAUAUAUGGCGUCGACAUCGCCGCGUCGAACACUAAGGCCGGGUCCAGCUCCAAGGCAGCAGCACAGGACGGAGCACAGUCGCCUGUGACUUCACCUUUGAGCCGAAGCGUCGAGUCGAGCGCUUCGCAUAUCUCGGCGGCUAGCCAAAGCUCGACGACUCCUCGUGACAGCGAGGCAGGUCAUGUCGUUCUGGACGAAUUCGAAAGAGACUGGGCAGAGAAAUGGCUUCACGGCCUAAUUACCCGUGGAGAAGGAUGGUUAGCUGAAGUGGAACCCGAAGAGGAUCAAGACGAUGAUGAACUCGAGCUGGAGCAGGGACGGACAGCUGAGAUGGAUGAGUCAACCGAGGCGGAAUGGGCAGCUUAUACAGCGAGGGAAAAGGUGUUAAUGGACGCAAGUGCGCUGAUAAGCAGCCUGGCUGGAUGUGCGGCGGGAGGCGGUAUCACCCGGGAUCUGGUCUUUCCCCUCAAUCUCUCUCGGUCCAAACACGUAGAAGACGCAUCUUAUCACGAGCGCAAAAAUACUCAAGCAGACACGGACCCUUCAACAGCCGCUUCCGAGAUUGUCCUCAAGAUCUAUGAUGCACCUCUUUCCGAUCAUACCUCUGUAGGCGUUCAGACAUGGGGAUCCGCGAUUCUUCUAGGGAGGAUCUAUGCGCUUGACCCUUGGAAGUACCUCAUGCCGUCCGAUCUUCCCUCUUCGUCGACACCGCCAGAGGGUGUGACAAGAGAUCCUAGGAUCCUGGAAUUAGGAGCGGGAACGGGGGUCAUGUCCAUCCUAACACGCCGGAUAUUGGAUCAUAUCGGGAUGAAGGGGCGAGGCAAGGUACUGGCCACGGAUUAUCAUCCUUUGGUCCUCGAGAAUCUGAGCAAGUGUAUUCGAUUGAACUUUCCCAACGACGGGGAAGCUAGGGAGCACCCGGAUGGGCACACAAAGAAGGGGUCGAAACGCCGGUCGAGGUCCAGGUCGAUCUUGAGCGCUGGAUCUGGUUCGGCGGAAGUGCAGCACAAGAGAGGCAAUGCUGUUGGUGGUACGGGAGUUCCAGGCCUCGAGUCCAUGUUGCUGGAUUGGAGCACCUUCCCUGGGAUCGUGGACGAAUGGUCUGGUUCGACUCAGACGACCUCUACGAAUACGCCAGCAAAUGGACCGGGAGACUGGACCUUGCCCGAGUCCAUCUCUCACACGGAUUCCUUGUUGACGGAACAGAUGAGGGACACGCUGAAUUCUCCUUGGGAUCUUAUCAUCGCUGCUGAUUGCGUGUAUGAUACACGACAUGCGGGGAUGAUCCGGGAUGUGGUGAAAUGGUGUUUGCGGCUCCCCGAGUUGAAUGAGCGGGACGAGAUAGUGAGAGAAGGAGGAGUUCUGCACCUGUUGAGCCCCAUCAGACCGACAUAUGCCGCAGAGACGGAAUCUAUCGUGCGGGCGUUCCCAGCUUCGCACCUGCUGCCUUCUCGUGCCGAGAGAAGAGCGCGACAUGAAGCGCUGCGGAAGAACCCCUCCAACGAAAUCGUAGCCGGAUCAAACGGUCUGUUGUCAACACUAUCUGCACGUCUAAGCAGGCUUCAUACCAACACGACGUCUUCGAGCGGACGGAGCACACCCAACAACGACAUGCAUACGAGACAACAUGUGCCUUCCACCAACAAUUCGUCGGGUCGGGCUACCCCUCGUAGUUCUGCACCCAUAUCAUCAGCUAUGACAGGAGGAACGGCGACGAAGACGACGACGACGACGACGACGACGACAUAUAGUCCGCAGACGAGCCGACAAUCCGGAACCGAAUCCAAAUCAGAAACAUCACUGGAACCCGCCUCUGACAGUGGGCCGACUGAACCGCUCGAUCACCAAGUUGAUCCCUUUGGCCUCGCGGUUGACAUGGAAGAGAUCCUCGCCGAGGACAUGGGGAGCGGUCGGUCUGGCAGUUGGGUCUUGGCGACAACGCAGAGGCGCGAGCUGCAGCGAAUGCGUGGGAGCGGGAGGAGCGACGAAGUAGAAUAUUGGUGGUGGGAGAUACGGUGGUGUUGACUGGGCACGAGCGGAUUAUAUGAUCCGGGACCCGAACGAUGCGACUCCGUUGCAAUUAUCGAGCGCGACAUGAUGAACGGGACUAGUGUUUCU